AGGUUGCACUAUGUUCAGGCAAGGAAACAAACUCAGCACAAGCAUCUCCCGCUUGUCGACUCUCGCUUCGCGAGCAGCAGGCGUCAGGGCCAAGUCAACCCUCCCAUCUUUGCCAUACGAUUUCGGUGCCCUCGAGCCAGUCGUCAACUCUGAGAUCAUGACGCUGCACCAUGGAAAGCACCAUGCUACAUACGUCAACAACCUCAACGCCGCCUUGGAGAAAAUGUCGGAUGCCAUGGCCAAGCAGGACUAUGCUACCAUGAUUGCGUUGCAAGGAGCCAUCCAGUUCAAUGGAGGUGGUCACCUCAACCACUCCAUCUUCUGGCAGAACUUGUGUCCGGUCAAGGACGUCGUCGCUCCCUCUGAGGCCAAUCCCGAGUUGGCAAAGGCCAUCGAGGGCCAGUGGGGCUCCCUCGACAACUUUAAGACAGAGUUCAAUACCAAGACAGCGGCCAUUCAAGGAUCCGGCUGGGGUUGGCUGGGAUACAACAAGCAGUCCAAGAAGCUCGAGAUCGCCACGUGCGCGAACCAGGACCCUCUGGUCAUGAAGGGACUGGUUCCCCUCCUCGGUAUCGACGUGUGGGAGCACGCGUAUUACUUGCAGUACAAGAACGCAAGACCUGAGUACUUGAAGCAGAUCUGGCAGGUGGUGAACUGGAAGGAUGUAGCUGCCCGCUAUGAAGCGGCCAAGAAGGCUUAGAGGAGGAGGAGGGACGAGAGCUUCGAUAGCAACACGUUCUAUAAACCUGAAUGUGCAAGACU